GUAUUUGGAUGGUUGGUGCAUCACGUGUGUCUCGUGGCUUGUGGCAAGGCGUUCCAUUUCGAGAUUCACGGGCGGCCUUGACACCGGAUUCUCCUGCGUCACCCACACUACCUCUCACACACUCCACCACGCGCACACCUCACCUCGCGCCCACCGCCUCACAUGUGAUCGCGUUUCUCGGAUGCCCGCCAAGGCAGCACAGCUUUGGCGGGGCAGCAGCCACGAGCCGUAGGUCCGCAGAAGCUGCCUGGGGGGAGGGGGGUUGUCGCAUUGCCCGGGGGCAGGGUGCUAGUUGAUUUUCCGCCUCGGGACGGUGCGGAGGGGCCUUUAGUAUGUCGUCGGCGGCGCAUCAUCACUCCGCGCGCACUCCCCGCUCCCGCUGGCACGGCGGGGCGCACAAGGGGGGGUAUGGAAUCCGCGCGGCGCGCGUCAUCCAGGCGUGCGCCUUCGCUAUAGUCACGCUCUGGCUCUGCUAUCACUGGUCGCACGCCCCCCGCCGCCAGCCCCCCCGCGACGACGCCGUGGCCGCGGCGAGCGCGGGGCGGCUGCAGGUUCGGGGGCUCGUGGUGGAGCGGCCCAAGCCCAAGGACGUGGGUCGGCGGAAGAGCCGCAGCGUGAUCUCCCUGGAGGGGCCCGGCGACCGCGACCUGCUGCCGGGGGACGGCGCGCUGGCGGAGGGCGCGCAGGGCGGCGGGGGGCUGGCGGGGGGCGACAUCGUGACGCGCAUCGUGGCGAAGGCGGGGCGCGCGCAGGGGCAGGGCGUGAAGCUGAAGGACCUGGUGGAGGCGAAGGCGCAGGGCGGGGGGAACCUGCUGGGGGAGUUCGGGGGGGAGGCGGAGGAGGAGGGCGAGCGCAAAGGGGGAGCGGGUGCAGGGAUGGAGGGGGAGGAGCAGGGGAGGGGUGAUGAGGAUGAGGAUGAUGGUGAGGAGAGGAGUGAGGGGGGUGGAGCAGGGGAGGCCGCGGAGGGGGGCAGCAGGGCGGAGCACAGCAGCGACGCCCGCGAGUGGCAGCAGCGCGUGGCCAGCAGCAGCACGGCGCACCCGGUGCUGCUGGCAGGCACGCCGUGCAUGGCAGUGCGAGCCGACCCCGCGUCGGCGCGCAUGCUGCUGGCGCUCAGAGGCGGCCGCGUGCACAUGCCCGCGCACCCCCCUGGCCUCCUCACCUCAGUGCCGCCCCUGAUGCUGCCGCUGCUGCCGCCCGUGCUGCAGGGCCGCGUGCUGACAGCGUUCCAGGCGGACUCGGGUGGUGCUGGCGGCGGGGCGAGGGGCGGGCAGGGCAGCACGCAGAGCAUGGCGUGGCGGGGGCGAGUGCAAGUGGGUACAG